AUGACUCGAGAACCACGCCUUGCAAUGCUGAAAUCUCUCGCAGAUUGUAACCACAUCAAACAGUUUCUCGGUCAACUCAUCAUCAACAAGCUACCUAUCGAUGAAUUGUCACUAACGAGGCUCAUUGACAUAUGUUUUUCUUCUAAUGUGUUGGGUCCCGCUGCUCUUCUGUUCACGCAGUUCCGAGAAUCCAUUAAUUCUGACCUUUGUAGCUUCAUGAUCAGAUCUUAUACUCACUCCAACAAGCAUCUGCAGUCAAUUCUAGUUUUUACACAGAUGCAUAAGAAUGGAUUUCUUCCUGAUUCCUCCACGUUUCCAGCUGUACUAAAAUCUGUCGCCCAUUUGUUCCGCCGGAGGUUUGGGAAGUCGAUACAUGGUUACAUAAUUCAGAUGGGUUUCCACUCGGAUGUCUACACAAACACAGCUCUUGUCCACAUGUAUGGGACUUGUUCGUCAAUUGGUGAGGCACAUCGACUGUUUGAUGAAAUGCCUGAAAGAAAUUCAGUUUCUUGGAAUGCUUUAAUAACAGGUUAUACCCACAAUAGAAUGUUUAGGGAAGCUAUUGAUGUGUUUCGAGAGAUGCAGGCAUCUGAUAUCCAGCCAGGGGAGGUCACCAUGGUUGGGGUGCUCUCGGCCUGUGCUCAUUUGGGAGCAUUGAAUCAGGGGAAGUGGAUUCAUGAUUAUAUAGAACAGAACAGACUCAGAAUGAAUGUGUUUGUAGGUACUGCUCUUAUAGACAUGUAUGCUAAAUGUGGAGUUGUUCAUGAGGCUGAAAAGGUUUUUGAAGCAAUGAGAGUGAAGAAUACUUACACUUGGAAUGUUCUGAUAUCUGGGUAUGCAAUGAAUGGGCAAGGGUCUGCUGCAUUGCAGGCACUUUCCAAAAUGCUCAUGGAGAAUGUUAUUCCUGAUGGAGUUACUUUCUUAGCUGUUUUAUGUGCUUGUUGCCACCAAGGUCUUAUUGACGAAGGCCAAAGAUAUUUUACCAGCAUGGAGAAUUUUGGGUUGCGACCAGGCAUUGAGCAUUAUGGUUGCAUGGUUGAUCUACUUGGUCGAGCUGGUUUCUUGAAGGAAGCUCGGGAGCUUAUCCGAACCAUGCCAUUGAAAGCAGACCCAAUUGUUUGGAGGGCAUUUCUGGGUGCUUGCAGAAUCCAUGGAAACAUCCAGUUGGGUGAGCUUGCAAUCCACAAGCUUCUUGAAUUGGAACCCUACAAUGCAGAGAACUAUGUUUUGCUGUCAAAUCUGUAUGCUCAAAAUCGAAGAUGGAGUAAGAUGGGAGAAGUGAGGCAGAUGAUGAAUCAUAAGGGGAUCAAGAAAGUCCCUGGUUGUAGUUCAAUAGAAAUUGACAAUAUGGUUUAUGAAUUUGUAGUAUCAGAAAGAAUGGAGAUUGAGUUGGAGGAGAUUUAUAACAUGUUGGCAGAUAUGAAGAAACAAUUGAAGCUGGCAGGCUAUGUUGCAGACACUAACAUGGUUUCAUAUGAUGUGGAGGAAGAGGAGAAGGAGCAUUCUCUAAUGUAUCACAGUGAGAAGCUUGCGCUUGCUUUUGGGCUUCUUAGAACUUCUUCGGAUACAACUUUGAGGAUAGUCAAGAAUUUGAGAAUUUGCAGGGAUUGCCAUGACUUUUUUAAGCGUGUUUCAAAGGUUUAUAGAAGGCAAAUUGUUGUCAGAGAUCGAAAACGAUUCCACCAUUUUGUUGGAGGUGAUUGCUCCUGCAGAGAUUAUUGGUGA